CUCUGCCCGCCCUUCCAGCCCCGUGAGCACCUUCCAUUCUGUUCUUCUGUGAGAUUCGCGAGUGAGACUGUGUGUCCUUGUCCCCUGUGUCUGGCUUAUCUCACUUAACAUGAUGACCUCAGGGUGUUUUUCCUGAACGUGCCGUUCGAUUCUAUCAUGGAGCGGCUGACCCUGAGAAGAGUGGAUCCAGUCACAGGAGAAAGGUACCACCUCAUGUACAAGCCGCCCCCCACCAUGGAGAUCCAGGCUCGUCUCUUGCAGCACCCAAAGGAUUCUGAGGAGCGGGUCAAGUUCAAGGUGGAUCUGUACUACAGGAACUCUGCCGAGCUGGGGCACUUCUACAGGUGGGCCACCACCAUCAACGGGGACCAGGACCCCUACACCGUCUUUGAGUACAUCGAGAGCGGGAUCAUCAAUCCCCUGCCCAAGAAAGGGCUCUGAUGGGCUCAGAGCAAGGAGCAGGCCCAGUGGACCCCGCCCGCCUCCUGGAAAACCCCACCAAGCCAAUAAAGAGCGCUGGUGACAGA